UCCUGUCACAAAUUAUUCACGUGCGCUCUCGAUCACCAACCACUUCCUGCGCGAUCCAGCAAAUCCGGACCCGAAAUCCCCGCAAAAAUCUGUACCCCCGUGACGCCAUGGCAGCCAAAGACGACAAGAAGACUCCAGCGAAACCAACCCCAACUCCUGCUCCAACCCCUUCCACUGCCGCCACCGCAGCCAAGCCGCAGGACAAAGAUCAAAAACCGGCCGCAACCGCCGAACCGGAAGGUUUCUCGCUGGUUAUCAUCGUCAAGUCGGUCGAACUGCUGGACAAUGACGAGGGUGGCCGGAUCAGCAUCGCGAUGCAGGUGGGAAAGGACCACAAGGUGACCGUUGAGGGCACCGUUGCCGAGUUGAACGAGCGACGUUCCGGCAACUCGGUGAGCAUUCCGUUGAAGAGUCCGGCGGAGUUUAAGAAGUUUUUGGGUAGCAACGAGCUGAAAAUUGCCAUUCGGGAUGGGAAGGCGAAAGAGUUGGCCAAGGCAGCGAUUUCGCUGGAGAAGUUGGGUAUGUUUGAGCCGCCGAACUUUGUGGCCACGAUCGUUCCGUACACGGUGAGUCUGGACCAGGACAAGUACGUGGUGGGUACGAUCAAGUUGAUUUUGAAGACUGAUCGGGUUCGGUCGGUGAUUUGCUUGACGGCUGAGGAUGAGGCCGUUCCGGCUACGAGCAAGGAGACCAAAGAGGAGGACACCGUGCUGUACGUGGUGAACGAUGCUCCGGAACGUCGCAGUGUCGAUCUUCGGGAGGAGAAAAUGCGGCAGCUACUGAUUUGUGGCAAGUGUGACGCGCUCAAAAGUCCCAGCGAGGUCAGCUACCAGUACGAGCUGAUCGAUGGGAUUCUGGUGAACCGAGAGCUUCCCCGGAAGGAUCCCGACCUGGACGCGAUCAAGCGCAAGAUCGAACAAAUUGAACGGGAGGCGUUGCUGUAUCCGCUGGGGAAGGAGCAGCCAGCGUCGCCGCUGAAAGAGCCGGAACCGCACCGGUUUUGCAAAGUCUGCGGAGGAGAGUCGAUUACCGGGAAAACCUGCGACUCGGUGAUUCCGCGGCAUUCGUCGAUGGUUCCGGAACCAAAUUUUGCUGUCGGAGCAAAGUACGAUGACUUCAGACCGCAACAGAUUUCUCCGACUAAAUGUCAUCAUGACCCGAACAUUCUGUGUCCGCAGUCGGUUGGCGUAAGACCGCAACAACCAGCGGAAGCUCACCAGAAACCUCCGUUCCAUUGUCAACAUGACCCCAACUACCUUUGUCCGCAGUCUGUCGGAGUUCGGUAUGUGGUUCUUAUCGUUUCUGUCAUCUUUCGCUCACAAUUACCAUUUCCCAAAAGAUUCUGCCAACGCUGUGGCCUCAACCUGGACUGGCUCCCGCUGCACAGCAUCUGCCCCAAGUGUGGCCACCAACCUUUUUCAGCAGCUCCCCCCACUGCCCCCCAACCGACCCCCACCCGAACCCACGAGCUAACGCCCAGUCGACUGGAUUCGUGGAUGAAAGACUUCGAGUUCACCGAACCCACUCCCCUUCCCCGUCGAACUUCUGCGGGGACGCUCCGAUCGACCUCGCUGGACAUUCGACCCUGUCCGAUGUGCCGGCUGCGGGGCGGAUGCUGUCCGGAUUGUCAGAAACGAAUUGGCACUGCUGCGGCAAAAGUUGACCCGAAGCCAAACUCGACAACGACGCAGUCUUCAACGUCGGACUCGGAGAUGAUGGCCCGGAGGGUUUCGAGCGAACGCCCAAAGACGCGACAAUCGCUGCGGGAUCGAUUCAGCGGGUUUCCGCAGAAGUUGAGCAAGGCCACGCGGACGUCACUGCUCCGGAAUGUGUACGGGGAUGGCAAGGAGGAUCAAGGGCGGAGACGCAGCUCGAACGUUUCGCUGGAUGUGGAAGCGAUUUUGAAGCAAUCGGACGCGCAGAAGCGAAAGUUCAUCACGGAUGGCGUGCAGAGCGUUGAGCUGCGCAAGGUCGAGUCCAAAACCGGGAAAGAUCAAGGUUGUCCGCUGCACAGUGCGGUGGGGAUCCGGAGGAAUCACCGGGCCAUGCUGCGACGUGCGAAGAAGCAGAACCGGGGAAAAUUCUCGUACGCGUACGGCAACCGACAUCCGGGAAUCGUGAUGGGUCACUGCGAGUGCGACGCCCGCCAGGGUCCCGUUCCGCCACACAUGGGCUGGCAGUGGGACGUCCAAACGCUAGGCAUCGGCCGGAUCCGCAAAGGGUGGCGUCCGGGCGCGAUCCGCAAGCCGAUCAAAGAACUGAUGCAACACUUUUUGGUGAGCUACCCGCUAGACAACGUUCCAGUAAGCCGCAGGAGAGCUGCUAAACGUUCAGCGGGUGAAGACCAACCCCCAUCAUCUGGUAAACAAAAACCAACGCUUCAGAUCGUCAAGCGGAACGGCGAGUACAUCAUCGAAAUGAACCCGCUGAAGGAUUCGGACACCCUGAAAACCACCCAAAAUCCCUACCUCCCAUGCGAACCGAUACGCUUCAAACUCGCAAAAGAUCCCAAAACCGCCAAGCUCCACCAGCUCCGACAAGCACUCAAAGUCCGUUUCAACCUGUGCGAGUGCAAAGACCUCGAAUCGUGCACCCACCGACACGACAAAGAGAAGAAAAUCUUCCAAAAAGAACUUCGCAAGUUCUCCAAGCGCCUCGGCCUCCCGAAAGCAACCUCCGUCAAAGACCUCCCGUCGGAGAGCGAAUCCGAGCUCGAUCUGGAGUUCACUCCGCCAUCGGCCCUGCUGGCGUCCGGAGUGCGCAAGCCGGACGUGGUUUGCACCGAAACUCAGUACUGCGAGGAGGAUUACAAGGUGCGCGUUCCGGCGGACAAGGUCAAGUGCCAGCCGGGUCGUGAAGAUUCACGCGAUCUCGCUAAAGCAUCGCGCGGCAAACCGGGACGGGCUGGUGCGGACAAGGCCGGCGAUGGAAAGGGGGGCAAAGGUGGCAAGACUGGAAAGGGAAAAGGUUCCCAAGGUGAUUCCAAAGCGGUUGGAUCGAAGCUUGCGGGGAAAGGAGCUGGCAAGGGAGCGGCCGGAAAGGGGGCAGAAACUGGCGGUGGAGACAAUUCUAAAACGCGUGUUGGAGGCAAGACGGGUUCCAAGACUGGAGUCGGAGCGGGAUCGAAAACCAAAAUCAGCGACGCAGCCAAGAAUAAAUCGGGAAAUGCGCUUCAAAAAGAUGGCGGACAGGCGGUGAAAUUUAAGAACGUUGAGAAGCGCGCCUUCAUCUCCAAAGGAUGUGGUUUGCCGCCGGUGACGACCUGCUACAACCAGGCUCCCUGUGGCGUUUUGGCUUCGGUUCCUCCUGCGGCGUGUUACAAUCCAUGCUACACCAUGUGUCCGUACUAGUUUAGUUUGAUGAUGGCUGGUGAUGAAAUUCUAAA